AUGGUUUUUAAACUUACUUAUUAUAUAUGUCUGAUAAAAUAUACUUCGUAUAAUACAGAUAUAAGUCCUUUGGUUGCAAAAGCUGAUGAUGCAAAUAUGGGUCAAGAUGCUGGUGUACGCGAAGUUGUUAGACAGUUGGAUAAAGCUUGUAGAGAGCAUGGCCUUUUCUACUUGAGAGGUCAUGGCAUCCCGGACUCUCAUUUAAAGGAAGUAAAAGACGUCACACACAAGUUCUUUCAUCUGCCUCUUGAAGUAAAAAUUAAAAUCAAGAUGAAUGCAGCUACUGGAUACAGAGGAUAUGAAGAACUUGAUAAAAUUCAUACCAAUGGUCUUCCUGAUGUGCAAGAAGCUAUUGGUUAUUACAAAGAAUUUGAAGACGGAAAGUAUGGAGAUAAGGGGAAACCAAUGGAAGGACCUAACUUGUGGCCAUCUAAUACUCCUAACUUUAAAAAAGCGUUGAAGCGGUAUUUUGAUGUUUCCACAGGGCUUUGUAGAAAGAUUAUGAGAGGUAUUGCGUUGGCUUUGGGUGGAUCAGGCAACGAGUUUGAAGGUAAGAUUGCUGGCGAUCCAUUUUGGAUUGUACGGUUGAUAGGUUAUCCUCCGAUAUCUAAGGGAUCAAAUGGCAAACCGCAACGCAUGGGAUGUGGAGCUCACACAAAUUAUGGUCUUUUAGGAUUGGUCAAUCAAGAUGAAAGUAUAUCAGCUAUAGAGGUUAUGAACAAUUCUGGAGAGUGGAUCUCUGCUUCUCCCAUUCCUAGCGCAACUAUUUGCAUUAUUGGUGAUAUGCUAAAGAUUUUGUCCAAUGGUUUGUACAAUCCCGCUCUUCAUCGGAUUAUCAACGCGUCCCCAAAAUACUGUGUUAGUGCACUUUACUUCUAUGAGACUAAUUAUGAUGAACCUAUUGAGCCCUUGGACAUUUGCGUACAAAAAAGUGGUGGAAAAAAGAAACUUGGCACUGCUAUUUAUGGAGACUAUCUUGUUGCUAAAUUGAAAAAGGCCUAUCCAUUUUAA